GUCGACCUUCAGGAUACUUCAUCUGCAGCCACACACACACACGCUGCAACUGCUGCGACUGAGUUUCUCACUCUCUCUGUCUCACACACACAGAAACUCACACAGAAAGGGAUAUAGAGAAGAGAGAGAGAGAGAGAGACAGAGACAGAGACAGAGAGAGAGAGAGAGGGAGAGAGAGAGAGACCAAGCAGCCCUCGAGACUUCAGGACUUCACACUUUUUAUUGAGGCCUGGUGACAUGAAGAACUCUACUGGGAUGCCGCUGUAGCGUGCAGAGCUCCCUCAGUCUGGCCAGAGACUGGGAUUGACUACACACUCUACUGAACAUAGACCUUCCAUAAUAGUCUUAUAUAGAGGUCAUUGGUAGUGGCUAUGUCAAAGCUACUUACUGGAUAUGGAAGCGUAUCCCUGCCAUAAUUCAAACUGGGAGUUGAUUUUGCCAUAAUCAGCCUCACAGUCAAACAGUUGGAUCGUCAAACUCCUGGAUUUAGCCACAUGGCUUCAUUGUUUUGAACUGAUUCUCCUGCCAACAAAUACCAUUGCAGAACCCCACACCAGUCUGAUUGAAUGGCCCCCUCUGUAGCAGCCAUGAUCCCAGAGCAGCUUCUGGGCCCGCAGGUAUGCAGUCCUGUAGGGGAAAUGAAGCUCUUGCCUGAGGAGGAACGAGAGGAGGAGUCUGACCCCUGUCCCCAGGAAGUGAUGGACUGCUAUGGCCACUCCCCCUCAAUGACUCACUGCCCCAGCACCGACAGUCUUAGUAGUGAGGAGCCAUUCUGUCGUAUCUGCCACGAGGGAGGGGGUGUCGGGGAGCUGCUCUCCCCCUGUGAGUGUGCAGGGACGCUGGCCAUGGUCCACCGGGGCUGCCUGGAACACUGGCUCACUGCCUCCAACAGCAGCCGCUGUGAACUCUGCCACCACCAGUACUCCCUGGAGAGACUGCCCAAGCCGCUCACUGAGUGGCUGGGCUCACCAGCCAUGCAGCACCAGAGACGGACGCUCUGCGGUGACGUCAUCUGCUUCCUGUUCAUCACGCCGCUGGCUAGCCUAUCAGGAUGGCUGUGUGUGCAGGGUGCCAUGGACCUGUAUUUCAGUAACAGUAUGGAGGCUGUUGGACUCAUGGUGCUCACCCUGGCUCUCUUCACCAUCUACUGCUUCUGGACUGUGGUGUCGCUGCGCUAUCACAUCCACCUGUUCAGGACGUGGAAACAGACAGACCAGAGAGUUAGGCUACAGAUCCCCCGACCAGCACGAACCAUGCACACACACCACACACUGAACCUCAGCUUCCUUAGCAAGGACACCAGAAAGGAGACUGUGGUGUAGAUGGAGUGGAACUGGGUGCAGUGUCCACGAUACUUUGGCAAGAAGACUGUGAUGUAGCCAGAAUGGGGUUGGGUCUAGUGUCACAUUUAACAGGUCCCCAGUGUCCGGUCAGGAGCGUGAAGUCACAAGCUCUGCUGGUUGGCUACUGCAUAGCAACCUAGUGGUGCCAAAAGCCCUGGUCUGCCCUAAAAAGCCUAUGUCAACCAUCGCCAGAACGGCCAAACAUUUAUAUUUCUACGCCCGUUUUGGACUCCAAAUGUGUUUAUCAUGAUCAAGUUCAAUCUUGACGGUGAAUAAUUUAAAAGUUCGCUACAAAGCGAGAAAUUGUAUUAAAUAGUGAUCUAUUCUGACUGCUACAUUUGACGUCACACAGGAUCAGGUGCUGACACAGACCAAUCAGGGACCAUAAAGCUACGAGCAGGCUCUCAGGCAGGAUAAAAACAACUACAUCGACCAUGAUCCUUUGCUAGUUACUGCCACCUUCACCAUGAUCCUUAGUGAUUCUUUGGCGACAUUCAGCAAUAUGGUGCACUUCAAAUUCAAAUAAUUCCAUGCGCCAUCGGGAGCCUUCAUAGGAAUACGUGGAUGACGUCAGCGCUAUCACCAUAUACUGGUUUUAACGUCUAUGGUUUCCUGGGCAAGGAUACUUUGGUGUAGCUGGAGUGGGACUGGUCCCAGUAUCCACUGUACGCUCAGCAAGGAGACAAUGACAUGAGCAAGGAGACUGUGGUGUAGCUGGAUUGAAACCAGGCCAGAUCUCUCUAAGGAUACAGUGGUGUUGCUGUAAUGGGACUGGGCCCAGUCCUCACGCUGCUUCAACAAGGAUACAAGAUUAAAAUUCUAUUAGAAUCAGGCCCCGUCUCUACACUUUUUUAACAAAGACUUGGAUCAAGGAGACAGCGAUGAAAAUGUUCUACCAAGUACCUUCAGAGGACCAAACCUUUCUCUGCGAAGAAGACUUUUUAUAUAUUUAUAGACACCAGCCUUUGAGACUUACUCAGUUGAACGUAACUAUUUUUCUAAAGACUGUUUUGUAAAAGAGUGAUGAGAUUAAUGACAAUGAAAUUGAUGUCCCACUCCCAAUUUAUGUUUGGCCCAGAGUUUUUCCCCAACCCUGUUCCCAGAAAAAAAAAAAAAAUUGGACUCUUGUUUAGAAUGACUAGUUAUCGUUCCCUAAACACGCUUUGUUACACCUGCAAACAUCUUUAAAGAACAUUUCACUCAAUUAAAAGUUUGUUAGAUA